AUGGCUAGACAAGCAACUAUGUAUUCUACUUUGAAGCGUUGCCUCUUCAUUCUAGUUUGCUUCCUCAUAGUCAGUCCUACAGCUUUCACGGCUCAAGAAACCAUUUGUCCCUUCCAACAUAUCUACCAGUUCGGCGAUUCAAUCUCAGAUACCGGAAACAUCAUCCUCAAGGGUGGCUUAGCUUCAGUAUCUCCCUCAUCUCGCUUGCCAUAUGGAAUGACUUCCUUUCAUAGACCCACUGGUCGAUGCUCAAACGGCCUUCUCAUGAUCGACUUCAUCUCCAGAGCUCUUAAUCUUCCUCUCCUGGAUCCCUACUUGAAAAGAACUGGAGUAUUCAAUCAGGGAGUAGACUUUGCUGUAGCAGGGAGCACAGCUCUCGACACCUCAUUUUUCCAGGCCCGAAAUAUUCCAGUUCCUAUCUCCAAUACUCCUCUCAGUGCUCAGAUGCAAUGGUUUAAAGAUCAUCUCAAAUCCGUCUGCCGUUCCCCAUCAGAUUGUGCAGCUAGACUUCAAAGAUCCUUAAUAAUGAUGGGAGAAAUUGGGGGUAAUGAUUAUAACCAUGCUUUCUUCAAUGGAAAAUCAAUACAAGAGGUCAGGACUUAUGUUCGUCACGUCGUAAGUGCGAUAAUCAAUGGGGUAAGAGAAGUUGUUAGACUCGGGGCUGUUCGUGUUGUGGUUCCAGGAAAUUUCCCUAUUGGUUGCAUCCCAAUUUAUUUGACUAGUUUUGCGAAUCCUGAUCCAGAAGCAUACGAUCAGAUGGGAUGCCUGAGAGAGGUAAAUGAGUUUGCAAGGUACCACAACAACUAUCUUCAAAGGGCUCUUCAUUCUUUGAGGCAAAAGUUGAAAAGGGAUAAUCCAAACGUGGUUGUUGUCUACGCUGAUUACUACGGGGCUCUGGAAUCAGUUCUUGCUCGUGCUCCGUUUCUUGGAUUCGACCGAGGAUCUUUAUUAAAAUCAUGUUGUGGGAUUGGAGGGAUUUACAACUAUGAUGGUCGGAGGAUGUGCGGAACACCUGGAGUUCCAGUUUGUCGAGAGCCUGAAAAGUACAUACAUUGGGAUGGAAUUCAUAUGACACAGAAAGCUUAUCGCCAUAUGUCUGAGUUUCUGAUCAGUGACAUGUUGUCAAAGAUGCAGUGCGUGUGGUAG